AUGCAAAAACUACCGAAACUCCACCUGGCUAGUAUUUAUGGCAACGGAUUGAGCCACUUUCAAUGGUCCCACGUAUCAACGAUGCCAACAAGGGAUUUUAUCAGAAACCUACCGCCUUGCAUAUCAUCCCCGUCGGUGAGAAAACCUACCAGCAUCAAAUAUGACAAAAUAUCGAAGACUUUAUCACAAGCACCAUCGCCAUUCGAGUUUGACGAUCGAGAGCCGAGACCUAUAACUGCUCAACCUAGAAGACCAGUAAUGGGCGUUCCUCUACGCGUCCUUGAUAAAGACAGGGUGAUUUAUAUGCAAACCUGGGCCAACCAACCUAGAUAUACACAGCCCAUGUUGACACUGGGGUCCGGUUGGAAUAUUCAACAUUCGAAGAAAUUCUCAACUUGCGCUCUCGUUGAAUCUAAAAUUAAAAAACGGAGAAGCAAUAUCAAGCUGUUUGUGAGAUUUGACUCCAAUUCUUCUAAAACUCCAAAGACGCCCCCUUCAGCUGGAAAAGAGUCCUGUUCCGCUGCAAAAGCAACCCCUGCAGCUCCAAAAGCGACCCCUGCCGCUCCAAAAGCGACCCCUGUCGUUACAAAAGCGUCCUCUGCAGCUACCGAAAAGGCUGCAUCUGGUCCAGCAAUGAGUGCUGCUGGUCCUAAAAAACCCGCCGUCGUCGCCGGAGGUGGUGCCCAAGGUCGAAUAAUCGCCGUGAUUGGCGCUGUAGUGGAUGUCCAGUUCGACACGCAUCUCCCUCCGAUCCUGAACGCUUUGGAGGUACCAGGGCGAACUCCUCGUCUCAUCCUAGAAGUCUCCCAACAUCUUGGAGAAAGUGCUUGUAGAUGCAUCGCCAUGGACGGUACCGAAGGCCUGGUCAGGGGUCAGGCUAUAGUGGACACGGGGGCGCCUAUCACCAUUCCGGUUGGUGAGAAGACCCUUGGUCGUAUCAUUAACGUUAUUGGCGAACCUAUUGAUGAGCGUGGUCCAAUAGACACGGAUGAGUUUGCAGCGAUACACGCAGACGCUCCUCCCUUCGUGGAGAUGUCAGUCGAACAGGAGAUUCUGGCAACAGGAAUCAAGGUUGUGGAUCUACUGGCUCCGUACGUCAAAGGUGGCAAGAUUGGUCUUUUCGGAGGCGCUGGAGUCGGGAAGACUGUACUUAUCAUGGAGCUUAUAAACAACGUUGCCAAAGCUCACGGCGGUUUCUCUGUAUUCGCUGGUGUCGGCGAGAGAACGCGAGAAGGGAAUGAUCUGUACAACGAAAUGAAGAUAGGUGGAGUUAUUAAAGAUGAUUAUAAAACGUCCAAGGUGGCGCUAGUAUACGGGCAGAUGAACGAGCCGCCAGGCGCGAGGGCUCGCGUGGCCCUCACUGGGCUUACAGUAGCCGAACACUUCAGAGACAAAGAGGGACAGGACGUGUUGCUGUUUAUCGAUAAUAUAUUCCGGUUUACACAGGCUGGGUCUGAGGUAUCGGCCUUGCUGGGCCGUAUUCCAUCAGCCGUGGGCUACCAGCCGACGUUGGCUACCGACAUGGGAACGAUGCAGGAGAGGAUCACCACUACGAAGAGUGGCUCCAUAACCAGCGUACAGGCAGUAUACGUACCAGCGGAUGACCUGACAGAUCCCGCUCCAGCUACAACCUUCGCCCAUUUGGACGCUACCACGGUACUGUCUCGUGCUAUCGCGGAACUAGGAGUGUACCCUGCAGUAGAUCCUUUGGAUUCCACUUCAAGGGUCAUGGACCCUAAUAUCAUUGGACCUGAGCACUACGGAGUCGCUAGAGGCGUGCAGAAGAUUUUGCAGGAUUACAAAUCCCUGCAAGACAUCAUCGCUAUCCUGGGCAUGGACGAGUUGUCAGAAGAUGACAAGCUGACAGUGGCACGAGCUCGGAAGAUACAGCGGUUCCUGUCACAACCCUUCCAGGUAGCUGAAGUGUUCACCGGCCAUAUUGGAAAGCUGGUGAAAUUGGAGCAAACUAUCAAAGGUUUCAAAAGGAUUCUUGUUGGAGAAAUGGACCAUAUUCCCGAAGCCGCAUUCUACAUGGUCGGAACCAUUGAAGACGUUAUAGCGAAGUCUGAAGCACUAGCUAAAAGUCUCUAA